AUGUCAGCCAAUCACCACCUCAGCAAAGUCUUGCUGCUACGGUUUCUACUAGCAAAGACCUGGAUCGAUGCAGAGACCUUCUGCAUCUCCACUGGUGGGAAUCUGGCUUCAAUCCACUCAGAUGAGGAACAUAAAUUUAUCAAAGACUUCAUUAACCAAGUGACCGGUACUGACAAAAAUGCUUGGAUCGGAGGCAGUGACGCAGUGCGGGCGGGUACAUGGUUGUGGAACGAUGGAUCCAACUUCAACUACAAAAGCUGGGCUGCGGGGGAGCCUAACGCCAUCGGAGUGGAUCACUGUCUUAUGCAGAACUGGGCUUUAGUAACCGGCUGGUUCGACGGGACUUGUACCACCCAGGCUUCUUUCGUGUGCUCCAAGAACCUGUUACUCUAACGCGCUAUCAUGAUGCCUCUACAACUCAUCUAUAAUUUCUAUCAUUGAUUCCUUUUCAGUUUGUUCGGCAGACAGAACCAGCUCUCUGCCAACAGAUGACUCACUUUCACUUGUUUAUUAUCUGAAGAGUUAGGGAAGAGUUCACAUUUGGGUUCAAAAUUAGACAGAAAUUGACUCACUGAGCUGGACAAAAACUAAUCAGUAAUUGGACUUUAAUCUAUAGUAAAUAACACAAUGAAAUACAAAAAACAUUUGAAUACUCGCACAUCUUUUCCAUUUUAGUUUAAUAUUGUCUGUUGUAAACAGCGCCCACUCAUCUGAUAAAAUAUUAACAGACUUAUUAGAUUUCUCUAUGAGAGUUAUUGUUCAGAUGAAUAUAACUCUCAUGUGUGUACUCUAAAUGUGAAGUUCCCUCAAGCGGACGUUAGCUUAGCUUAAAGACUGGAAACGGGCAGAAACAGCUAGUUUAGCUUAGCAUAAAGACUGGAAACAGCUAGCGUGACUCCGUCCAAAGGUAAACCUACCCGACAUGAGUGAUGAUGACCGUUUUAUCCAAAAUGUCCAGAGAGAAAAUAAAAGUGUAUAUUUUGUCGGACCUUUCUGUGAUACAAGAGGAGAAUACAAAUUUAAUAACACUUCAUAAUAACUAUUAAUAAUUCAUAUACAGUAGUACACUGGUUUAAUGAACUGGUUACUUUUUAUUGUUAAAAACGUUGUGUUCUUUAUUCAUCUGAUUUCCUUUACUAUAUAAUCAACUAAGCAUUCAAAAAUAAAAGACAUAUCACAAAAA